AUGAGCAAACGUCUUCGUUUUUUUAUUUUUGCUGUGUGUAUUGGAUUGGGGGCACUGUCUUUGUACCCUACAUUUACAUGGUAUGUUCUUACUCCAGACUCAGGUAAAGAGAUUGCAGCAAGUAAUCGUACUUUUAUACGCGAGAGAGCAGGAGAGCUAGCAAAGCAAGAUACCGAUACAGUACUUGCAAUGCUACAAGGACAGCAUGAAGAUGAAUUCGCUAACGAAACAUAUAGCUCAGAAGGUUUUGUGGCACUUAGAAAACAGGCAGAGGAGCGUUUUAGCAAUGAUCAAGAGUCCACUUUAGCACAGAACACCCCAGUACAUGAAGUGUUUACUGUAUUUAAGGACAAGGACGAGGUGUAUCAAGUGUUACUCAACUACUAUAGAGAGCAGUUUCUUGCAGAAAAGCGCUUAAAAGAUAGAAUAAUAAAUUUAGGACUAGACCUCUCAGGUGGAGUAAGUGCAGUAUUACAGGUAGAACAAGAGGACUUAGCUAGCAGACUAGACAGAAGCCCCACCCCGUCUGAUCUUAGCGAAGCCAUUGAUAGAGCCAUGCUUGUCCUUCAAAAUAGAAUAGAUAAGUUUGGAGUAAGCGAACCAUCGCUGCGCCGCCUAAAUGACGAUAGUAUUCUUGUAGAAAUACCAGGGGAAAACGAAAGAGAGCAGAUAAAUAGCUUUUUACAAGGGAAAGGUGCGCUUAGAUUUAUUCUUGUAGAUGAUGACGCCACCGAGCAGCUUAUAGCACUACAAAGACAAGACCCUACAUGGACCUAUACAGGAACAAAUACACCCGAUUUUAUACAGGCGGGAACAGAAAUUAUCGAAUAUGUAGUAAGGGAUAGUUUUGGCAUAGAUCAGCACCAGCGAUGGAUAGUUGUCUACGAGGAUGUAGAAAAUUAUGGUGUAAAAGGAGAUUACCUACAGAGGGCUCAGGUAAGCACAGACCAACUAACAAACAGGCCCUUGGUUAAUUUCCAACUAGAUCAGGACGGAGCACAAACAUUUGCAAAGCUUACUGGUGAUUAUGUGAACCGCUCUAUGGCCAUUGCUCUUGAAGAUAAAGUACGGGCAUAUGCUACUAUCAGUGCGGUAAUAAGCGAUGGAAGCGCAGUUAUUCAAGGGCUUAGUCGAGACCUCGCAAAUGAUUUAGCGAUAGUCCUGCAGACUGCAGCCUUACCUGUGACCUUACAAAUAGUGGACCAGGAACUUAUAGGCCCUACGCUAGGACAGACAGCAAUUCAGCAGGGAAUUCAGGCAAUUAUUAUAGGCUUUGCACUGGUCGUGCUUUUUAUGUUUGUAUACUAUCGGACAGCAGGAAUGAUAUCAGUGUUUACCCUUCUUUGCAACCUUUUUUUGCUUACAGCGGUACUCGCCUCGUUUAAUUUCACCAUCACUCUUACAGGCAUAGCCGCUAUUAUUCUUACUGUAGGCAUGGCAGUAGAUGCGAAUGUUCUUAUCUAUGAGCGUAUAAAAGAAGAACUACGUGCAGGAAAAACAAGGCGAACAGCAAUAGAAAACGGGUAUAAAAAAGCAUUCUGGACCAUAUUGGACGCCAAUAUUACCACAUCGUUUAAUUUAGGAAUAGAUUUUAGUUCUGGUCAGAACAUUAUUGUAGCGCUUCAGGAAGCAAGCUCUCAAGAAGAGCUUGAGGACUUACUAAGCGGUUUUGAGCAACUGCGGGUUGUUCCGUAUGCCGAGGUCGCAGGGCAGUAUAACAUUAAAGUGGCAUCAAACGAGGAGAACAGAGAAGAAAUCUACCAGGAAGUACUACGUAUUUUAGAGGGUAAGUAUUCCUAUUCUGUGCUGAGUAAUUCGUUUAUCAGUUCGACUAUAUCUCAGAAUUCACUUAAUAACUCUGUUGUAGUAGUAGGAUUUGCCUUGCUGCUUAUGUUGCUGUAUAUUUGGUUUCGCUUUAAGUUUCAGUUUGCUGUAGCAGCCAUACUAGCACUUAUGCACGAUACCUUCUUUAUUAUAGGGAUUAUUGGGGCGUUUCAAAUAGAAGUAACAGUAUCUACUUUAGCAGCAGUGCUUACUAUCAUUGGAUAUUCCAUAAAUGACACCAUAGUUAUCUUUGAUCGUAUUAGAGAAGGUGUAGCGACAAAAAAGGAAAGUUCUUUCACUCUUAUUACUGAUAGUAGCAUAAACAAGACCCUUUCUCGUACCAUUAUUACAUCACUUACUACCCUACUAGCCGUAUCUGCCAUCUUUAUAGCCACCACUGGUGAUAUAAAGAGCUUUGCUUUGGUACUUAUAAUAGGGGUAGUGGAAGGAACCUGGUCAUCAAUAUUUAUUGCAACGCCACUACUAUAUGUGCUUGGCUUCUCAAAAAAGCACGUAGCAUCAAGCACGCAGACAUUACCAGUACAGAGUAGUACAGACCAUGCUGAGAAAAACGAAACAGCACCCCUAGUACAGACAGAUAGUGCACGAAAAGAAUAUAUUGACAGAGUAAAGCUUGAGGUACAAUCGAGAAAGAAGAGAAAGCACAGGUAG